ACUCUGAAACUAUUUCAAGCACACCCCAAAUUGAACCAAAUGUACAUCUGAGUGAUCUCCUACGAAAUCCCCAGUUGCGUCAAACCCUGAAAUUGCCCUGAUGGUCCAAUGCGACUGAGGACUCUGUUUGUAUGAAGUUGUGUAGAAUUAGCUCCGCUGCUACCACCAGCCGUCAACCAGUAGUGAUUACCCAUUGCUUAACGGUAAAAAGUGAUUUGAAGUGGCUAUUGUAUGUCCAUAACAAUAAGUUAACCCCCGAAACAUGCCAGUCAUUGAAACAGUUUCCUGUUACAUUGGAUAUCGUUACACUGGAAAAUCUUCUCCUUGAGAUCGACCGUUUACGUGUUUGCUGUGGUCAUCCCGAUGCACAUAGCAAUGGUCAAUGCCAAGAAAGGUGAAAUCGUAGCAAAUGGAAAAGUGUCUGCUAAAAUUGACAGCCAUGCCAGUGUAUGCCUCAACGGUGUAUCCUAUCCGGAAACAGUGCGGACUGAAAAAUGUGAACUAUUGUCUACUUCUGUGAAAUGUUCAUCAUGUAAGUCAUAUCGUGCCAAUUUAAGGGCUAUGUAUAGUGCUUGGUGUAAGAGACGUUCAGUCGAAGAGAUGAGUGACGCAAGUGGGCAUUCCAAUGAGCGCUAUCUAAAUACGCCUGAAAAAAAAGCUAAAAUGCAAAACCUGAAGGACCGAUCACGUGCAGCUGAGAAGCAAGUUAAAUCUUCAAGGAGAAAAUCAAGGAAGCAAUUGAAGCUGAAGGAGAUACAGUUUAAAAGAGUCUCAGUUCCGAUUUGUUAAGCAUCCUAAAUACCAACACCGAGCAAAUAAAUAGAGCUUACCCAGAAGGGAGUUUUCCUAAUUUGUUCUGGAAAGAGCAAUUAAAGGCAGCUUCAGUUAAGGACCCUCGCCCUCGACAAAUUCGAUGGCACCCUGCAAUAAUAAAGUGGUGGUGCAUCAAUUUGCAGUUAAUUUCAAGUGCAGCAUUUCAUUGCAUAAGAUCUUCCGGUUUCUUGACGCUCCCUUCUGAACGUACCCUAAGGGACUACACUCAUUACUUCAAUAAACAACCUGGUUUUCAUCCAGAUGUAAAUUUCUAUCUGCAAAAGGAAAUGAACAUACAAUUGCUUCCUGAAUCAAAACGUUAUGUUGCAUUAGUUAUUGAUGAAAUGAAGAUUAAAGAAGAUUUGGUAUAUGACAAGAAAUCUGGUCAUAUCGUUGGGUUCACUUCUUUAGGUGAUAUUGGUGACAUACUUUCAGAAUUGGAGCAGAAGUGCAAAAAGGAUCCUAGUAAUAAUGGUCAGAGGGAUCUUCUUUAAGCUGGAUUUUCCUUAUGCUCAUUUUGGAACCCGUGGAGUAACUGCAGAUUUUUUAUUUCCUAUUGUGUGGGAAGCUAUUCGUAUGAUUGAAGGCAUUGGAGGGAAAGUGAUUAGUAUUACGGCAGAUGGGGCGAGUCCCAAUCGUAAAUUCUUUCGUAUGCAUGGCAAAGGCUUUGUGUACAAGGCAUUUAAUCCCUACGCAGACCCUAGAGAAGGCAGGCCUGUGUUCUUCAUCUAUGAUCCACCUCACUUGAUAAAGACCACACGAAAUUGUUGGUCUCAUUUCAGGAUUCAGCGGUACUAGAUUAAUGAAGAUCAAUGGAAAGUACAUUGAGUGGGCCCAUGUCAAAGAACUUCACCGUAAACUCCAUUUGAUGUCUGUUGGAUCUAAGGGGCUCACACUAGUUCCAAAGCUCAAAGUGGAUCAUGUUGAGCUGACUGGGUUUUCUAGGAUGCGUGUACAUCUCGCCGCCCAGGUAUUGAGUAAAAGUGUGGCAGAUGCUCUGGCCUAUUUCAGUGAUGAAAGCACUACGGAAACCGAAACGUUUUUUUGAUUGCUUAAAUGUUCGUAGUCUUUCUGAGUGGAAAUCCAAAUUGAAGCCUGACCUUCAACCCUACACAAGUCCAGAUGACUCUUGGCUUAAGUGGUUGGAAGAUUCUUUCUUGCUCUAUCUGAAAGAAUGGAAAGCUUCAGUAAAUACUGACAAAGGAAUCCCUGACAACAGCAAGCAGAAGGCAUUGCUAAGUGCUGAGACUAUGGAAGGUUUAGAAAUAACAGUGUGCUCAUUUGUGGAAAUGGCUAGGCUCCUUCUGUCCAACAAAGAAGAUGGUCUCUUUUUGUUGAGUGAGAGAUUCUCCCAGGACCCACUUGAAAAUUACUUCGGUAAACAAAGGGCCAGAGGAGGUCGCAAUGAGAAUCCAAACCUAAUGCAAUCUCUCGUUAAUGCCUCUGCACUCCGGAUGCAGAAGUCUGCAAUGCUAGAUCCUGUCAGAGGAAACUGUCGCAGGAAGCGACAGCUCGAAUUGAACACAAUCGAUGAUACCCCACUACCCAAGAGGAAACGUUCGUAGUUUAAUUUAUGUUCCUAUAAUUAUGACUGUAUAAUUUUAUAUUAAAAUUUGAGCAACCACGAGAAUUCAAAAAAGUAUACAAUACAUGCAUGAGCAUAAUAAUACAUUAAUUACGACAAAUGCUUUCUCAAUCCGGUGGACUUUUGCUUGGUCUCUUUGUGUGCUAUUUUGUAUGUCUCCAUCCAUAAAGAUGCGAUUGAAAAUCCCCUUAUAGUAAUCCAAAGGUGUACAAUAUCAUUUAAAAGUUGCUGUGAAUCUUCUUCACACUCCACAUCUUGAGACAGAAGUGUCCACAAAAACUGUACCUCUUCGUCGCAAGUUACUUUCUUUACUAAAUCGUCCAGCGUUUGCAUACCGGUACUGGUACCUUUUCCAAUUACAUACGUAGGUAAUACACUCUUGGUUAUCUUCUCCAUUUCUACAAACAGACAGAACGAUCGAUCGUUCAAUGGAAAUAACGCACCUCGAUUUACUUUCUCCAUCCAACAUUUAGUGUACGAGAGUAAAUCUGUGAGCUCUCCUCAUUUACGACAGCCAUAUUUCCUAAGCAUUCAAUAAACUGCGAGUACUUAGUUCCACUCCUUUUUUCAUAUUUUUUUAGUAGCUUGUGGGGUACAUAGCCACCAACAUACUGCAUUGCAUUCAAUUCAUCCUUUGUUAAUUUAGGUAGCUGGUCAUUUGGCUCACCAUUAACUGGCAGUGGGCAUUCUUGUGUCAUGAAACGUUUAAGCUUUUCUCCAAACAAUGAUUGAUUUAUAGAUUGAAUAAAGAAGUUCACAUGUGGACCUUCUCUCGAACUCUCCUCCAACUUCAAUUUAUUAAUCCACAGUUUGCUCAUUUCUUCUCUUUUCACAUGAAAGGCAGACCACAGUUGAGUUCUCUUGACAGUGUGAGAACGAAUUCUCUUUGAUACAC